GUCUGGUCGGUCGUAACUAGAGUGAGGCAAAAGAUUUCCAACAAGUUGGGCCGCGGCAUGGAAAACGAUCUGAUAGGCAUACUGAAAUUUGUUAGGAACUGGAAGUCGUACUUAGAAUCGGAGAUGAAGAAGCAGCGUCCUUCAAGUUGGGUGGUGAGCAGCCUAGGC